GGCAUUAAUCAAGCCUGGCCAAAAGGAGGCUGUCCCCAACCAACUCCCCCCCAACCACCCACCCCCCCGUCCUCGCUGCGGAAGCAAACGGAGAGGUGUGAAUGAAGAACUCGAGAGUUGAGACGAGAGAACUACUGGGCACUAUCGAAUCAUGUCGGAGUCCAACAGCAACGCAGCUUGUUUGGCUGAUCAGAAUGGAGCGGUUCCAGGAGAGCCAGUAAAGAAAGAUGAAAACUCCAGAAGGGGAAACUGGGGCAACCAGAUUGAGUUUGUUCUCACCAGUGUUGGUUACGCAGUGGGGCUGGGAAACGUCUGGAGGUUUCCUUACCUUUGCUACAGAAAUGGAGGAGGUGCCUUCAUGUUUCCAUACUUCAUCAUGCUGGUAUUUUGUGGCAUCCCUUUGUUCUUCCUGGAGCUCUCCUUUGGGCAGUUCACCUCCCUCGGGUGCCUGGGAGUCUGGAAGGUCAGCCCCAUGUUUAAAGGUGUGGGCUAUGGAAUGAUGGUGGUCUCUACCUACAUUGGAAUCUACUACAAUGUGGUGAUUUGCAUCGCAUUUUAUUACUUCUUCAUGUCAAUGACAAACCUGCUGCCCUGGACGUACUGUAACAACCCUUGGAACACCCCUGACUGCUCUGGGGUGGUGGGAACUCCACGAGCUAAUGCCACCUUCGCCAAUAUGUCUGCUGUCGUGUCAGGGGUGACUGAGAUAGUCAACCGCACCAAGAGGACCAGUCCUAGUGAAGAGUACUGGAGGAACUAUGUAUUGAAUAUCUCUGACGGCAUUGGGAACUUUGGGGAGGUGCGUCUGCCUAUCCUGGGAUGUCUGGCUGUGUCAUGGGUGGUUGUGUUCCUCUGUCUUAUUCGAGGAGUCAAGUCAUCAGGCAAAGUGGUGUAUUUCACAGCGACCUUCCCUUAUGUGGUGCUGACCAUUCUCUUCAUUAGAGGAAUCACUCUUGAAGGAGCCGUCAGUGGUAUCAAAUACUAUUUGACCCCUCAGUGGCAAAAAAUUCUAGAUGCCAAGGUAUGGGGGGACGCUGCGUCUCAGAUUUUCUAUUCUCUUGGCUGCGCCUGGGGUGGGCUUAUUACCAUGGCAUCAUAUAACAAGUUCCACAAUAACUGUUUCAGAGACAGUAUCAUCAUCAGUGUAACAAACUGUGGCACCAGUGUGUACGCUGGCUUUGUUAUCUUCUCCAUCCUGGGAUUCAUGGCUCAUCAUCUUGGGGUGGAUGUGUCAGAGGUGGCCGCUCAUGGUCCAGGCCUGGCAUUCGUGGCCUACCCAGAGGCCCUAACACUUCUGCCCAUAUCACCUCUCUGGUCCCUUCUCUUCUUCUUCAUGCUCAUUUUAUUGGGCCUUGGCACUCAGUUCUGUCUACUGGAGACUCUGGUGACAGCUAUUGUAGAUGAGAUUGGAACUGACUGGAUUAUCAGAAAUAAGACCUACGUCACGCUCGGAAUUGCUGUAGCGGGCUUCCUCCUGGGAGUGCCGCUGACCACACGGGCAGGGAUAUACUGGUUGCUGCUUAUGGACAAUUACGCUGCGAGUUUCUCUCUGGUUGUCAUCUCUUGCAUCAUGUGCAUCUGUAUAAUGUAUGUCUAUGGUCACAAGAACUAUUUUAAAGAUGUGGAGAUGAUGCUUGGCUUCCCUCCUCCAAUCUUCUUCAGGGUCUGCUGGAGAUUUGUGUCUCCUUUAAUUAUUUCUUUCAUUCUGAUUUUUACUGUGAUACAGUACAAGCCUAUUACGUACAAUGACUACGUGUACCCUGGUUGGUCAUUGGUCAUUGGGUUUGCCAUGGCUUUGUCUUCAGUUAUCUGUAUACCUGUCUAUGCUCUGUUCAAGAUUGCUGUGUCUGAGGGAUCGACAUUUACAGAGCGUUUGAAGAACUCCUUGAAGCCUGACCUGGACUGGGGCCCUGCUCUCCAGGAGCACCGCAAGGGGCGAUAUGCCACCACGGGCCCUGAAUCUGUGGAGGUGUGCCCUCUCAAAGAAGACCUGAAGGAUGAGGGGAAAGAGAAACUCAAGGAGAAUGAGGAUGAGAUUGGUCUGACCAUCCCAGGAAGCAACGGCUCCACAUUGAACCCCACACCCAGCGCAUAGAGGAGCCCCUCCACACCUUCCCCCCAGGACGGUUCCCAUUCCCACACUGCGGGUCAGGCCACUCUCGCUGGAGACCUUUACAUAUUGUAAGGGCUUUAUGAAAUCUAACCUCUAGAGAAAUUGGUUGUCAUCCAAAACCUUUUUCUUUUUGUUCACAUAAUUAAAUACUGCAGUUUUUUUUAAAGAAAAAGAAGACAUGUUCAUAUACAGGAGGUAUUUGCAUACACACAGUGUGUAUAUAGCGCAUUGUACAAUAUUUUCACUCUGUGUUGUAUAGUCUGGAGAUGUGACUGUAGCGGCAACAGGAGCUGCAGUGGGAUUUGGCUUGUGUGUGUGUGUGUGUGUGUGUUUGUGUGUGUAGUGGCGGCAGUGCUGGUCAGGUUUAAAAGCUGAAGACCAAAUAUUCUUUGUGGCAAUGUUGUAAUGCCAUUGUUAAGGGGAGUGCUAUUUUCAGUUUCUGUUUUGUACCUAUUGUCUUGUUUGGGAACCUUCUCAUUCACAAGCCAAUAUGGGUUUUUCAGUGGCCAAUGGGGUUGUCUGAGAGUAGGGUGGCCGAUGGUCAAUAUAAUGCCUGUAUAUGAUAUAAUACAUGUUAAAUAAAAUGACCUUUUAACACUGCAUUAACUCUAAAAUAUACAAACCAGGACAUGUCUAUUGUCCAUUGACUAGACUACCGGUAGGUUUUGGGGCUAAAACUAUCGUUAAUCGUCCAAGUAGACUGGCUGAUACUGAUAAAUAAGAAUAGGCCAAGAGAAUACCCACUCUAUUUCCCUUUCAAGUGAGAGCAAAAAUACAAAACAAAGGAUAUUUGGUCUUAAGCUCUUACUGACUGAGGUGUCUGGACCGAGGCAAAUAACUUCUCAAGCCAAUUCUCAGGGUUACACACAAUUUGCUUUUUUUGUGAAGCAUUUUCCAAUACCUUGAGAUGAUUUAUUGCUGAUGUUGAGUGUUUGACAUGAAGGAGAGGGAUUUUCAUGUAGGAAAUUCCACAUGAAAUGCCAAAUCUGUCUAGUCUUCCGGGCAUCUCCUGAGCGAGGGGAUCACGUGUGCGAUAACCAGAAGCAGCUAGUUCCUCAUUAGAUUCAGUACUGUAGUAUGCACACUAACCCUGCUCUUCACAGAAAAGGAGGCAUGUUACCAAAAACAUGUGCACAGACCUUUGUAUUCUGAUGAUUUAGCUGGUUGGUUUGUGUGUAAUUUGAUGUUGUCUACGCGUGUUAAGAGACUUGAACUGGUGUGUAUGUGUCAUUUAAAGGCAUCUGGCUGUGCUGAGCCAAGCAGUUGUGUUUUUUGAAUAAUGCUGAACGAUCAGAAGUAAACGUAGCAUCAGUCACAAUCACUGUAGUUAGUGUAAUUGUUGGGUAGUCAGCAGUUUUUCCCUUUGUAUUAUUGUGAAUAACAUGAAAUAGUCUUGCGAGACAUAAAAUGUCAAACUAUCUGACUUUUAAAAUAGAAACCACAGCAUAUUAGGUGUGUUUUUUGUUUUUUUGUUUUUUGGUUUUCUAGGCAAUAGGGAGGGAUAUACUCAGAUUGAGAGUUUGGUAGUUGGUAUGGCUAGAUGCUGCUUAUCAUAUCAUUCCAGUGACGUAUCAAAAGGAUUACUAAGGAUGCUUACGGUUGAAGUGGCACAUGUACUUGGAUAGAGAGUCCUGGUUACACUGUGAAUUUGUCUGGGAUGUUGCCUGAUGCCUUUUCAACAGGGAUUCUGGCAAGGUAGCUGCUAAUGGGCUGACGCAUCACGUAUUGAGACUUCUGAUGAAACGGCGAAUCGCUGUGUUUCGUGAAGUCAAAGUAGUAUUGGUGUUUCUCUUUUGCGUUGUGCAUGGAGAGACGCAGUAUGUUUGUCAUGUGCUUGGCUCUGUCAUUUUGAGUCGAAAUAGGAACAAUACAAAGUUUCAGCUUUGAAUUUAGCCUAAUUUAGUUUUGAAAUUUAAACAAAUGUCAUUUCUC